AUGCUCGAGCGUGCUGUUCGGUGUAUCGAGAAUGCUAGCCAGCAUAUCUAUCUCGGUUCCAAGCACACCUUCCGGUCACGACAUAUAUUGCACCCCAAAUUCUGGCACUGCAAUACCGACGACUCCGCUCUAUCCCUUCUAUAUUACUACGCCGUCCAGUCGAGGUUAGGGAAGAGGUCGCCCGCGCAGCAUAAUAACGAUGAUGGCCCCUUGGACUCGACUCUCCCACCCACACCACUCGAGUUCCUCUACCCUCCGAAAACCCGGUUGUUCGCCCGCACCUAUAAAUCCGAAUCCAAGAGAAAUCUCACUAGGAGAAAAAGAAAUAUAUACAGAACAUACUCUUCUUCGGCCAGCAACUGCCUUACCGAGGAAUCAUUAGACACAGGAAAUUCCUUUUCAAACGAUGUUAGAUCCAAUGAGAGUCCAGAUGUUCUCCGAAAAUUCCUUACAGAUAAGGGGCCUCGGGAUUACGGUGCUGCGUGGUGGCUCUAUAGAUCGAGUGGCUCUCCUAGAGGAUUCGAAUCAGAUCUUUUAUCAUACCUUUCAACAUCUCAGGACCCCCGAGAUUUUCAGCGUUGUCAACUACUUUUUGAAAGAAUAAAUCCGACGAAUCGCAGCGAGCGUGAUUACUUGAGCACAGUCAAGAUUGCCUUGAAUGCUAAAAGCAGAGCAUACACCAAUUUUGCCUUGGAAUUGUGUGGGGAAGCAUCUGCGCGGGGCCAGACACAAUGUUGGCAAUAUGCAUUUAUGGAGUUUGUGAAUCGCAUGGACUGGGAGAAUGCUCUUGGUGUUUGGAAUCUUCAGCCUCAUCCGCUACCUAAUAAGCUACCAGCCGUGGACCGCCAGUCGAAACUGUUAGCAAAUCGGUUGCUUGCUCUCCUCGAAGUUGUUAAGCAGCGCAAAACAAAUGAUACAACGGAGAUGGCUCGCUACAUUGUUCAGCUUGUUAUCUCUCAUGAUAGAGCCAUGAUGUCGGUGUCAAUGAACGAGCUACUGAAGAUUUUCGAAAAUUCCAUCAAACUUGAACUCUUCAACCAUAACGAUUAUAUUCUGGCUAUCAGAUCUCUACUAUCCUCCAAGAUUAGGUCAGCAAAUGGUCGUUCAAUCAUGUUAUAUCGCAACUUCCGUUGGCGAAUUCCUCAAAUCACCCCACCGAAAGCAUUGAUUACGGGGCUGUUGCACAUGCUGUGUAAUAUAGAGGUCUUGGAAGGUGUCGAUUACCUCCUAGACGAAUACCGCUUACAUUAUGGCAAACCACCGCUACUGGCUUACCAUGAUGCCCUGACUGUCUCAGCGAGACUUGGUGACACUUCGUCGACACUCCGGUUUUACAAUGACUACACAGCAGACCAUGGGCGUGCUGAUUCAACAGAAAUUCUAACUCCACUACUAUAUGUCCAUGCCAGAACUGGCGACGUGAAGGAAACUCAAAAAUGGUUCAACCACGUUUCCGAACUUGGGGUUGAACCACGGGUUCAGUACUGGAAUAUUCUGCUUACUGCCUAUUCGAAAAAUAAAAACCUAGAAGGGGCGCUUCGUACAUUCCAACAUAUGCUUCAGAGCGGCAUGGCACCCGAUGCCGUUAGCUUCACCAUUUUGAUGGGUUUGUCUGCUGGGCGUGGUGAUAUCAGGGCCGUUUUGGAUCUAUUUGACAUGGCUAAACGAAACGGAGUCCGUCUACAGCGCUCUAUGUUCGACACCAUGGUUGAAGUAUUAUGCAAACAUCGACGGUACCUAGACGCUGAGAAGGUGGCGGAAGAGGCUACGUCAAAAUUUCCCGCCAGUACUAUGACCAGAACUUGGAAUAUUCUCCUAUGGAAUUACGCAUACACCAUUGAUAUCACUGCCGUUUUAAGAAUACAGAAUCGCAUGCAGGAUGCGGGAAUCCAAUUUGAUGGCAUGACAUAUGCCGCAAUGAUGUCCAGUCUUGUUCGUGUUGGCAAAACGAACUCUGCACGCAAAAUCUUGGGAGUCUUGCACAGAAACCACGAGAUUCAUUUAACACUAUUUCAUUACGCCAUUCUUCUCCACGGCUACGUACAGGAAACAAACCGUGAUAUGGUACAAGUACUGUACACCGAGAUGAUGGAACGUUUUAAUAAAACUGGCUUGAGUGGAACUUUGGCUAUGCUUCAAUCUCAAAUUGAUCGUGAUAUCCGACGAGCUAGGGAAUCAAUGGGAAGCGCAUCCAGCGCAAAAUUCGCCCUUCCACAUGCAGAAAAACUUCUCAAAACCGCCAUGGCUCAGCUCGAUACCCAAGACUUCAGUACCAAACAACCGCAGCCUGGAGCCCGGGGUCGAUCAUUGCGCGAGGCAUUCCCUGCUGCAUUUUAUGAACAGCUUAUCAGGGCGUAUGGGCGGAAUAACAGGGAUGAAAAGGUCGGAGAGCUAUUCUUGGAAUUUCACAGAAAUCGAGAUCCACGCUCCCAGAUCGCUGCACAUCCCCUAUGA